UGCCUGGUCGCCUACGGGUCACGGAGUGCUGCUGACUGCUUUUUCGGGCUGAAACACCCCCCGUCCCCAACACCUGAACAGAAAUGUGUGGAUUUAAGAGAGAACGAAGAGAAACAGUGGACUUUCAUCAUUAAUAGGAGAAAUCAACUACAUUUAAAGCCACUUUGUAACGUUUUAUUAGAAGGGUAUGUAAGUUAAACCACGCAGGCCUAUAUACACUUAUUAACAUAUUCCUGAAAGUACCAGCGAAUGACAUGGCAUACAAAAUAUAAGAUUUUUGCAUUAAAAUGCAUCCGAAAAACAUGAGGAGAACAGGAGAAAACCGAGGUCACCGGAGGCUGACACUGGGUCGGAAAGGAUUUAGAAAAAUUACGACUUGUAAACGGACCUGAGCCCCACCCGCAAAACACGCUGCUGUGUUUGAACCUGAAACUGAUUAAAUUGUCCCAGUGAAGAUGUCCACUUGGACCUGAAACUUGACUGCUAUGUGAUGGGCUGUGGGACGAGUAAAGUACUUCCUGAACCACCUAAAGACAUCCAGCUGGAUUUAGUAAAGAAGGUGGAGCCUUAUGCAGGCCAGAAGAUUGACAAAUACAAGCACUUCAUCACAGACAAUGGGACGAGCAUCAAGGCUGAUUGCAAAAUGCACUCUCUUUCUCCUCUUCAGACAGCCAGCAACGUUUGUCCAAAUGGCCCCAGUGGGCACCCAGAUCCUGUGGAUCCUAGGAGGAAUAAAGUGGCCAAAUACAGAGCCAAGUUUGACCCACGUGUCACUGCCAAAUAUGACAUUAAAGCUUUGAUUGGCCGGGGAAGCUUUAGUAGAGUGGUGCGAGUUGAACACAAAAGUACAAAGCAGCCUUAUGCCAUUAAAAUGAUUGAAACAAAGUAUAGGGAAGGUCGAGAGGUUUGUGAAUCUGAACUUAAUGUCUUGCGUAGGGUGAGACACACCAAUAUUAUUCAGCUCAUUGAGGUUUUUGAAACUCAGGAACGAGUAUACAUGGUGAUGGAGUUGGCCACAGGAGGGGAGCUCUUUGAUCGCAUUAUUGCCAAAGGAUCUUUUACUGAAAGGGAUGCAACACGAGUGUUGCAAAUGGUACUAGACGGAGUGAAGUAUCUCCACACCUUGGGAAUUACACACCGGGACUUGAAGCCAGAGAAUCUUCUGUAUUACCAUCCAGGAGCUGAAUCCAAAAUAAUGAUUACAGAUUUUGGUUUAGCUAGCACCCGAAAAAAAGGGGAUGAGUGCCUUAUGAAAACAACAUGUGGUACCCCAGAGUACAUUGCCCCAGAAAUCUUAAUUCGAAAGCCUUAUACAAAUGCUGUUGAUAUGUGGGCUGUUGGUGUCAUCAGUUACAUCCUCCUCAGUGGAACUAUGCCUUUUGAAGAUGAUAAUAGGACACGACUAUAUAGGCAAAUAUUGAAAGGCAAAUACAGUUACUCAGGAGAGCCCUGGCCAAGUGUCUCUAAUCUUGCCAAGGACUUUAUUGACAGGGUGCUAACUGUGGACCCUAAUGAGAGAAUGAGUGCCAGUCAAGCAAUCAAACAUCCUUGGAUAGUCACCAUGGCUGCUUCUUCUUCUAUGAAGAACUUGCAUCGGUCCAUUUCUCAGAACUUGUUGAAGAGGGCUUCAUCACGUUGUCAGAGUACCAAAUCAGCGCAGUCCACUCGCUCCAGUCGCUCAACCAAGUCUAACAAGUCCCGGCGGGUGCGAGAACGUGAACUGCGAGAGCUUAAUCUGCGAUACCAGCAACAGUAUAAUGGUUGAACAGCAAAAAGUCACCCUUCAGUCCAGUCCCUUUCUAACACCCAUUUUCUGGACCUCUUUAAGAAUACUCUCAUUGAAAGUUCACUGAAAAAAAACAAAGGGGAUUGAGGAUUAUGGAUGACUGCUAUAUUAUGUUUUCAUUCUGAUUAAUGUAUUGUUUAAAUAUUUGACGCACCCAGUUUUAAAUUCUCUAUUCAGUCACCAGCCAUAAUAAGUUCUGUAAUGAGUGAAGCCAUUACUACUGGCCUGCUUCUCUUAUUUGCACUUUUGUAGAACCACUAUGUGCUUCAGGUUUAGGGCAUUUUACUGGAAACACUUUUUUUCUGCCCAAAAAUGUCAUUGUGCUCUAUAACUGGAUGAAAGAUAAUUUUUUUCUAACAGUAUAAGCAGAAACCAUAACAUACUGUACAUCUUAAACAUGCUAGCAAGGGCCACAGAUCACUUUUAGAAGAGUAAAAAACAAUGGAAAGUCUAUACCUAAAUGGAAGCUCUGUUAUUAAUGCACAUAGCUGUUUUGUUUUUUUUCUGCAAUCACCUUUUAACUACAGAUUCUUUACAUUUUUUUUAACAGAUCUUUAAUGUGAAUGAUGAAUAAAAAUAUUUUAAGGUCUUGUAUUGGAUAGAAUUAACUGACUUAACAACUGCACUUAUUGAAGGACUUUUGAAGGUGCAAGGGAAUGACAUUUUUGGGUUAUGAUCAACAGAUGCUCAUUAUAUAUCUUUUCCUGUAAGUUCAGAUAAUAUGAGCCAAUAUUUGCAUAUCAAUUACAGGUCUUUCCAUAUACUACUUACUUGCAAAAGUAAUUAAAAAAAAAAAACUACUAAAAUAUUUACUAGGAAAUUAUCAUAUUUUUCCACUGAGUCUUUAUAAUAUUGAAAUUUGUUCAUGGACCAAACAUAGAUGUUGUUAAACCCUACUUGGCAAUAUUGUAGAGGUAAUUUUAUUCUCUGCUAUGAAGACCCUAUAAAACUGAAAAUUUAUACUAUGGCAUUGCGUAUAGUCAUACUUUGAAUAUUGGACAGGAGUGUGUUUACUGCUGCUACCUACCAGCUUCAGAGAGCUUUGUUUGAAUUCAGGCCCAUCUCAUGUGUGUGUAAUUUGUAUGUUCUCCCUGUGCAGCCCCAAUUACCUCUCACACCCCAAAGGAGUACAGUUUAUGUUGAUUGUAGACUGUAAGUUUGAGUGAUUGUGUAGAGGUGUAUAUGGGUGUGCCAUGAUGCAGGAGGGAUAGGUUUUGACUCUCUAUAAUGGAAAAAGCCGUUUCAAUGGAUGGUUUUAGAUUUUCCCUUUGAAUCAAAUCACAUUUUUAUGUGGACUUUUUAGUUGUUCAUAUUCUUAUGUGAAUUGGAAUUUAUAAUGUACCAUAUCUAACUUUAAUUUCUGAGUAGAUCAAAUCCUUCAUGUAGAUUGAAUAAAUUGCUCCGAAAAAUAAUUAUUAAACCUUUACGGUAAAACUUCUUAGGUUCAGGUUUGAAAUAUCGAUUAAUGUGUCAAGUACUCAUCUAGCAGUACUACCCAGUAUAUAUAAAUUGAUUCAAUCAAAGUAACAGGAUGAAAUGUUCAAAGCAAAGUAUCAUCAAAGGACUCCCUUGGAGAGUCCUGGAGUGACAAUUUCCUUAAUCAAAAAUCAAAAUGCCACAUAGCCAUAUGCUGAUUAUGACGACUUUGAAUCGGUUGUUAUUGAGUGAAUGGCAGAUAUAAAAACAUACCCAAGGCUGUCUUCAAGUUUACUAGGCUGCGCAGUAUGUUCACAACAAACCAAGCCAAACCAUCACAACAAUUAAAGCUUUGUGUUACAUUUUUCUACAGUUAUAUAUGCAUUUCAAUUUUUUUUUAAAUUUAUUAUUAUUUUUUUUUUUUUUUUUACAAGUUCUAGUUCUAAAUUAAUUUUGCCUCCCUAAUACUAGCAUCUUUAAAUUGAUUAUGUAGGAUAAAAAAAUGUAUUGUUGAAUGUUGCCUCAUCUUUAUUCAAAUGCUGUUAAUACUACAGAUAUUUGAUUGCCAUUUCAUUGGACUAGUUAUUUUGUUUGGUGCAAAAACUUUCAACUAUGCGACUCUUUAAACUUUCA